AUGAACUCGUUCUUACUCAACCGCGCUCUCGGUAGCGUGAGCCCCGCAGCCCUGGCGCGCUCGCAAAACACCCGUCUCGUAUACUCAAUCCAGCCCGCCAGUCAUGUAUCAUUGAGCAUCAGCCCUCCGGACACUGAAAAUGACCAAGACGCUCUGCAGAACGGUGUUGCACAUCCAGCCGGUGUGAAUAGCAUCACUGUCGACAAGUUCGAAGGCCGAUGGCUUCUCUCUGGUGGUGCAGACUCGUCCAUUGGAAUAUGGGACCUCGAGACUCCGACGAGCCAGUCCGACGAGUCGCGUGUCAUCCAACCACUCGGCUAUGCCUCCAAGACUUCAAAGACGGCAAACUUUGGCAUCACCCACGUUUCCUUCUAUCCCUUCGACUCUCUGGCCUUUCUGUCUAGCAGCUACGACCACUCGCUGAAGCUCUACUCGUCCGAGACCCUCGAGACCUCGGCCGCCUUUGACCUUGAAGCCGUCGUCUAUUCGCACGCCCUUUCGCCCGUCGCUUCGCACUUGCUGGUAGCCUGCGCCACACAAAAUCCUGCUGUGCGUCUGGUCGACCUCCGCUCAGGUGCCAGUACACAUUCGCUGCCUGGUCACAGUGGUGCCGUCCUCUCAACCGCUUGGCACCCGAAACGCGAACAUGUACUGGCCAGCGGUGGCUCUGAUGGCCUAGUACGCCUAUGGGAUAUCCGUCGCAGCGCAAGUAGCUUGGGCGUGCUCGACAUGGAAGACAGCAGGGGUGUUGGCAUGAAUGGCAAUACCCUGCGGCGUGAGCGCGGAAAGGCUCACACGGGCGCUGUCAACGGUAUAACCUGGGACGAAGCAGGAGAUUUUCUCGUUUCCUGUGGUCAAGACGACAAGAUACGUGUCUGGGAUGCAAACACAGGCGCAAAUACCCUGACCAAUUUUGGCCCUGCCGUCAAGAGUUCCACCACAUCCACUCUAUUACCUCUCCUCAGCCCAAGUCAUCUCACCGGUCAAUCAAAAGAGAUACUCAUAUACCCCAACCCACGCGAACUACUUGUAUACGAGAUGCACACGGGCAAACUGAUCACACGCCUGCGAACCCCAUCAUAUGCGUCUACACGCAUACAAGUCACAGCAGGAUCCGGCACACGAAAUGUCGUCAACAAGACCACAAGUCUAGCCUGGCGAGCCCAUAACAUCGAGCUCUACUCGGGCCAUUCCGACGGCACCAUCCGCUGCUGGAAGCCAAGGACGUGGGAAGACUCGCUGGACGAGGACAUGGAUGACGACGAUGACCAAGAAGAAACAGGUGAAGACGCCAUAGAACGCAAGCGCAAAAGAGAUGAACUAGACGACAUGGUCAAUGGCCUGACAAAACGCCAGGUAACGUAUAUCUAA